GCUGUGCCGGGGUAUUUCGGGCGUGGAAGGGGGCGCGGGGUGUUUUUCCCUUUUUUUUGAUUUGGGGGGGUUCUCGAUACGCCGAGCAUCGUUUAUUUGGGGAAAAAUGCGGCUCGCCCCGUCCCAAAGCCCCUCCGGGGCCGCCGCCGCCCUCACGUUCCCUCAGAGCUGAGCCUCCCCCCUCCCCCCCCUUCCAAGGGCGUUUCCUCGUUAUUUUUUUUUCUUUUUCUCCCCUUUAAAACUCUAAAUUCUCCCCGGGGAUAACAGCUUCUAAUCGUUUCGUGUCUUUUCUUCUUCGCUUCUAAUUUCUUUUUUUUUCAAUUUUUUUUCCCUUUUUUUUGUCGUUAUGCCCAUCCCCCACCUUCUCCCCCCCUCUUUAUUUUUCCUUUCCCCGCUCCAGGUUUGGUUGGUCUUGAGAGACGCCGUCGCCUUUACCACGAGAGAAAAACCAAUACAAACAAUACAAAAUACAAUACAAAACGCGAACAAAACAACAAAAUAUAUAUAUACAACAAAGAGGGGAAGGAAAAAAACAGGUUUUCUAUCCCCCUUUGCCGUGAAGAGCCGCCGCAGCCUCUCCGUCCUUUGGACCGUCCUUGGAAGCCGUUCCAAACCCGAAGGAAACUGCCACUUUAGAAAACAUAUUUCCCUCUUCUUUCCCCCCAAAAAAACAAAGGCAAAACUCACUUUUUUUUCGAGCAACAACAACAAAAAAAAAAAAAAACCCAGGCAACUUUUUUUUUUCCAAUUUUUUUUUUUUUUUUUGGUUUCUAGCUCGACCAGUUUAGCUCGAUCCACUUCCUUUAGGGCUUUAAAAAAAAAACAACCAAAAACCCAAGGGAAAAAAAAACCAAAACCUUUUAAAAAUCCCAAAAUACCCGUCAAGCUGCAAAAAAAAAGUUGCUGCGUUUUUUUUAAAGCCAUGAUUAAAAUGAAACGAAUUUUUUGGCUCUAACACCACCUCCAAAUGCCAAAAUCCAAACCUUGAAGCGCUGUCGGCUGAGAAAAAAAAUUGGAUAGUUAUUCCUGCCAUGGGCUCCGGCCCCAUCGACCCCAAGGAGCUCCUGAAAGGCCUCGAUUGUUUCCUGGGCCGGGAUGGGGAGGUCAAAACCAUGGAUGGCAUCUCCAAAAUCUUCAGCCUCAUGAAGGACUCCCAGAAGAUGGUGAGCCGCUGCAUUUACCUGAACAUCCUCCUGCAGACCCGGGCCCACGACCCUGGCCAAAACAACACGGCCAAGCUGGUGAAGCAGCUCAGCAAAUCCAGCGAUGAUGAGGAGCUUCGCCGCCUGGCUUCCAUCCUGGUCAGCGACUGGAUGGGGGUGAUCCGUUCCCAGAGCAGCUCUCAACCCACAGCCAUGGAAGGCCUUGGGUUCCUGGACGCCCUGAACUCGGCGCCCGUCCCCGGCAUCAAGAUCAAGAAAAAGAAGAAAGUUCUGUCCCCAACAGCGGCCAAGCCCAGCCCCUUCGAGGGGAAGCCAACGCCCGAGCCCAGCACGGCCAAACCCUCGUCCCCAGAGCCGGCGGCCGCAGAGCCCAUGGACACAGAGCGGCCGGGGACACCCGUGCCGGCCAUCGAGGUGCCCGAGCCCAUGGACACAGGCUCCUCAGAGACGGGGGGUGACCCCAAAAGCUCCGAUGUCCCCUCAGAGGGGGGCCCGGCCCCGCGCAGGCCCCGCAAGAAGAAAUCGGUGUCGUGGCCCGAGGAGGGGCGGCUGCGCGAGUAUUUCUACUUCGAGCUCGACGAGACCGAGCGAGUGAACGUCAACAAGAUCAAAGACUUUGGCGAGGCAGCCAAGCGGGAGAUGCUGAAGGACCGGCACGCCUUCGAGACGGCGCGGCGCCUCAGCCACGACUCCAUGGAGGAAAAAGUGCCCUGGGCCUACCCCAAGGCCCUGGAGCUGCCGGCGCCGCUCGUCAUCCCCGGCAGCGGCAGCCGCGAGCGCUUCACGCAGGCCGAGCGCGUCAAGGGCAUCCUGCAGGAGAUCUUCCUCUCCAAGGAGAGCAUUCCUGACAGCCCCCACGAGCCCGACCCAGAAUCCUACGAGCCGCUCCCACCCAAACUCAUCCCAUUGGACGAGGACUGCUCAGGCGAGGACGGGGCCUAUCCCGAGGGGCUGGAUCCUGGGAAUUCUGCAGCCUCUCCGGAGCCAGGGGCAGGGGCCAAACUGCCCCCGGUCCUUGCCAACCUCAUGGGCAGCGUCGGGGCAGGAAAAGGCCCCCCAGGACCCCCCCAAAAUGCCCCCAUCAACAUGCAGGAGAUCCUCAGCUCCAUCAUGGUAACUCCCCCUAAAAGCGGCGACCCCAAAAUUCGGGAUGUGGGGGGGUGGGGAAUUGGGGGCACCCCCAUCAUGGGAAUCCCAAAAUUUCAAGGAUUUCCCACUGUGGGAAGCCCCAAAAUCACAGGAGGGUUUUAA